AUGGCCAAAGGUAAGAACAAGAAAACUGAAGAGCGGCAAAAGCCUGCGAAAGGCUCGAGUAAGCACAACGGAAAGUCCAACCAGCGGAGAACGGAGCUAAAGCAUGGCCACACCAAGGAAACUGAAUUCCCUGCAAAGCUCGCAAUGUGGGACUUUGACCACUGCGAUCCGAAGCGGUGCAGUGGUAAGAAGCUUGAACGACUAGGGCUGAUAAAAUCGCUGCGCAUAGGCCAGAAAUUCCAGGGUAUCGUAGUAUCGCCAAAUGGAAAAACAGUGGUCUGCCCGAACGACAAGGAAAUUGUGGAGCAGCAUGGUGUUUCUGUUGUUGAGUGCUCCUGGGCACGUCUUGAUGAGAUUCCAUUUUCCAAGAUUGGCGGGCGUCAUGAGCGGUUACUGCCAUACUUGGUCGCGGCCAACCAAGUGAACUAUGGCCGACCAUGGAGGCUGAACUGUGUGGAGGCUAUAGCGGCUUGUUUUGCAAUUGUUGGCAGGACGGACCUGGCGGAAGAGCUCCUAUCGCAUUUUUCGUGGGGGCCUGGCUUCUUAGAACUAAACCAAGAGCUACUAGAAACCUACCAGCAAUGCACGGACCACGCUUCCAUAAAAGCUGCGGAGGAGGCAUGGCUUCAGAAGCUCGAGGAGGAAGCCGAGCAGCGCAGAAAGCAGACGCAUGAAGAGGAUAUCUGGAUGAUGGGCAAUGUUAACCGAAAGGCACCGAAUAUGAGGUCCAGCAUGCUAGAUAGCGACGACAACUCGGACUCGGAGUAUGCAUCUGAUGUAGAUCAUGAUCUAGUUAGCGAUACAGAGGAAGGCGAAGAUAUAGCUAUCGGUUCCAAACGUGACGUUACCUACGACUCUCUUGGCAAUGUGAUAGAGAACGGCCGCCGUGAGUUCGUACCAGAAACGAAGAUACUAGAGUCUGAUGAGGAGGAUCAACAAUAA